AUGGCCAUUGGCCGGUGCCGUGAAGUUGCACGCAACCAAAUGCCCUUGUCUCGUACGCGCAUACCUAGCUGCAUCUUCAAGCGCAAGAGUCGCGUCGAAAAUGCGACUGCAGAAAACCACGGCGUUAUGCUGCAAGGCGCCAGGGCCGGGACCGGAGAAGGCGAUGUCUUCAGAGGCCGUCGUCGUUUAGCUCGCCCCGUUGCGUCGGGCCAUGUUUAUCUGGGGCAAGGUACCAAGCUAAUUUCGAGACGGGAUGGCUGCCAGCCUGCCAUGGAUGGCGGUCCGCGGACGAGUCGCGAUGCCGCCCGAUGGAGGUCCAACCAAAGGCUGAGCCGCCAAGACCUAGACCAGCUUCCUCGUUCGGACGCGACGGAUGGCACGGCGCUGGCCAGGCGGAGACCAAUAGUGUCAAUGGCGUGCGGUACGGGUCGCUGUCGCUUCAUCACCUACCGUCUUGAGAAGUCGAGAUGGUGCCCCCCACAGGCCGGCCGUCGUGCAUGCCGAGAGCUUGCCGGGCUCUCAUCGAAUGGCGAGAGCAACGUGUGUCACCCAGUCACCGCCUCUGUCCUGUGCCUCCUCACCCUUGGUGUGUUCCUCCGUCCUGUCGAGCUGCCUUGCUUCUAUGCUCUGAGACGACGUCGAGACAAUGACAAUACCGAGACGGAAAACCCAUAUAGAAGAGCCAGUGCCGUUACAGAGCCCAGGGAGCGUCGAUGGUGGCUUGAAUGGCUUGGAAAUAUGCUUGGAUGGCUUGAUGAAGGAUGCAGGAAAGACGUCUUGACAGGCGCGCCCAGUCCAGGUACCGAGACACAAUUCUCAGGUACCGUACCGAGGCGGCGGCGGCGGCGGGCAUUCGCCGUCUGGUGUCACUCGACACCAGGUGGUGUACAACUGGAAGACAAGAGGCAUUGGAUCCACUCUCUAGAGGGACCUAGCGUCACUCGUAAACGCGAUAAGCUGAUGGCCCGUGUCCCUGCCGUGUCUAUUGAGCUAGCGUGA